AUGAUCGCCGCAGACAUUACCGCCCUCCCAGCAGGGGACUCGCCAGGCCUAGUCCUGGUGCCCGCGACGCCCGCCGAGCGCAUCGCCUCAAUCAAGCUGAACAGCAUCGCAUGGAAGGGACCACUGGACGUUGAAACAUACAUUGCGCGCGAGAACCACCUCUUCCAGCAGCGCCUCACCCGCGACGGGCUCACCUGCUGGAUCCUAGUCGACCGGACCGAGCCCGAGGGCGAGCGCACCAUCUACAGCUCCUGUGAGUCGUACCGCAAGAAAGCGCUGCUGGCGUAUGACGGGAAGGUCGAGGAUGUCGGCACGCACGGCGUGGGCAGUGUGUACUGCCGGCCGGAGUUUCGCGGGAAAGGGUAUGCGAAGCGCAUGCUCGAGGAGCUGAGUUGCAAGCUCGAUACGUGGCAGAUGGAGAAGGAGAGUCGGGGUCGCUCACUUUUCUCUGUUCUCUUCUCGGAUAUCGGGAGGUCGUUUUAUGCUCAAUUCGGGUGGCGGCCGUUCUUGUCUUCGCACAUGUCUUUGCUGCCCAAUUUCAAAGAUGGAGAGCCAGAUGGUGUAGCAUGCGACUCGGAGGCGAGGGAUCUGUUUGCCGAAGAUGUUCAGAGCCGCCUGUGCAAUGACCAGGUUCUCACAAAGCUGCGCGAGCGGAUGCGCGUGGCCUCGCAACAGUCGCCCGGAGCCAAAAUCGCCAUCUUGCCCGACUUCGACCAUUAUGUGUGGCACUGGGCCCGCGAGGAGUUUUAUGCCCAGAAGCUGUUUUCGCAACGCGAUCCGCCUGUGAUCAAGGGUGCCGGGAACGAUAAGGCCCGUGUAUACUGCGCGUGGACCCGGAAUUUUGGCGAGACCCCCGAAGACAAUGUGCUCUACAUUCUGCGAUGGGUGUACGAUGAUCCCACGUCGCCAGAACAAGAGCAGACCACCAUCCACGCCAUGGCGGCAAUUCUGCGGCGAGCCCAGCUGCAGGCGCGCGACUGGAACAUGAGCAAGGUCGAGUUCUGGAACCCAAGUCCUCUGCUGCAAAAGGCAGUGGCUUUGCUGGAUCCCGUAGCCCAGGUCGUGCACCGAGAGAAGAGCAGCAUUUCCAGUUUGCGGUGGACAGGCGCCGAACAAGGACUGGGCAAGGAUGUGGAGUGGCUUUUGAAUGAGAAGUAUACCUGGUGCUGA